UUAGCUCUGUUGCCUAGAACUGACCUGUGUGGUAGGAUCUGAAGCUGCCAUGUUUGUUAAGGGAAGAGGAUCUGAAGGGAACUGAGAACUGUUGAACUGGGCGCCAGAUGCUUGUGGCUAGGAGCAGACUCUGAACUAUGGCAGCUUCUGUGCCGACGCAGCCCGCGAUUGGUUUCCCAGCGGAGGGUAGAUGCAGUUACUAUGUGGAAAAGAAGAAGCGGUUCUGCAGGAUGGUGGUGGCAGCGGGGAAAAGAUUCUGUGGUGAACACGCUGGCGCGGCGGAGGAAGAAAAUACUCGGAAAAGAAUCCUGUGUCCUUUAGAUCCCAAACACACAGUGUAUGAAGAUCAACUAGCAAAGCAUCUGAAAAAAUGUAACUCAAGAGAGAAGCCAAAACCUGAUUUCUUUAUUCAGGAUAUUAAUGCAGGCUUAACAGAUGAAACAGAAAUACCUGAGCAACUAGUUCCAAUUUCUUCUUUAUCUGAAGAACAGUUGGAAAACUUAAUUAAGAAAUUGAAAAAAGCCAGUAAAGGUUUGAAUUCUACACUUAAAGACCACAUUAUGUCCCAUCCAGCGUUAUCUGAUGCCCUGAGUGACCCUAAAAAUGGUGAUUCUGCCAUCAAGCACCUAAAGCAGCAGGCUUCUAUUUUAGGUAACAUUGAAAAAUUAAAGUUACUUGGCCCAAGAAGAUGCUUUGUUGAGUUUGGAGCAGGAAAAGGAAAAUUAUCUCACUGGGUUGAUAUUGCUUUAAAAGAUGCUGAAAAAGUUCAUUUCAUUCUAGUAGAAAAAGUGACCACAAGAUUCAAGGUGGAUGGUAAACACAGAAAGAAAAAUUCAGUGUUUGAAAGACUUCAAAUUGAUAUUCAACACUUAUGUUUGAACAAGAUUCCUGUGCUAAGAGAAGGAAAACUGCCUGUGGUAGGAAUUGGAAAGCAUCUCUGUGGUGUGGCAACAGAUCUUGCAUUACGAUGUUUGGUUGAAACCUAUGCUGCCAGUUAUGAGGAAAGGAAUGAAGAACCUUUAGCCAAACGCAUAAAGAAUGAUAAAACAGAAAAAGAAAUUAACACUUUGACCAAGGAAGGAAGUGAAAAAAAUGUCCCAGAGAAGUGGACUCCUGUGGCUGGCAUUGUUAUUGCACUCUGUUGUCACCACAGGUGUGAUUGGAGACAUUAUGUGGGCAAAGAAUACUUCAGGGCACUAGGCCUUGGAGCAGUGGAAUUCCACUAUUUCCAGCGAAUGAGUAGUUGGGCGACUUGUGGGAGGCAGAAAGCAUCACUGGAAUCUUCAGAUAUUACUACAAAGAGAAAAAACGAUGAUAGUGAAGAGCAUGAUGGUGGAGAAUGCAGCAUCACAGAAGAGAGCACUGACAACUUACCUGGGCUUCUUACUGUUGAAGAAAAGAAGAAAAUAGGACGUCUUUGUAAACUGCUGAUUGAUCAAGGCCGAAUCCAAUAUUUAGAACAGAAAGGAUUUAAUCCUGCUUUACAGUACUAUACAGACCCUUUGGUGUCUUUGGAAAAUGUAUUGUUAACUGCUUUACCAAUUCAUUCUUCAUUGCCAGAAACAACCACUUAAUGGAAAAGAAAUUUGAAUAUCAACCGUCUUCCACCAAAAAUACCUUUUUAAAUUAUAUUUUUAUAUUCACAAAAAUGUAAUUUGAAAACAUAUCUUUAAAAAUACUAUGGCCUCAUUCAUCUGUGGUAGUAGCUUUGCUUUUUACUUGAGAAAUCCAAGUAUUCACCAAAUUCUGAAAAAUCUUCUUCAGCAGGGCAUUUUGAAUUAUAUUAUCCAUCAGUAUUUAUACAGGUUGGUAAAGUAGCUGAACACUUGACUUGGUCAUCUGAAAAACAUAUCAACAUGUAACUGACAUAUUAAUUUUCUAUCUACAGUAAUUGGGGUUUCCUUUGGUUUUCUUUAAUACUUUUUAUAUCUCAAGUUCAAGAUGUAAUAAUCAGUUGUCAGUUUAUAAUAAGGGCCAGUCUUAGAAUUUAGCAUAUGUGUGAAUAUUUUUUUUUCUAUACAGAUCUGGAGCCAGGAAUGGUGAUACAUAUCUGUAAUCCCAGCACUUACAAGCCUCAAGCAGGUGAAUCAUGAGUUCAAGGCAAGGCCAGAUCAGGCUACAUAAUGAGACCCUGUCUCACAAAACCACAAAUAAAUAAGUAGAAACCCACAAUGUUCAUAAUCUAAUGAAAUCACCUUCUGGCUUUCAGAUCCUCCUGUAUUUAUAUACUACCAGAAUUUGUCCAUGACAACACCAAAACUGAAAAAAUAUUUUCCAGAGGAAAAAUUGCUUCAUUUUUAUUGAAUUAUUAUAUGACUUUAAAAAGAUAUUUAUAAGCAUAAAUUACAAAGUAAAUUUCAAAUUUGCAAAUAGCUUCUAAGUUAUACACACACACACAUAUAAUUUAUCAGGCUAUUUCUUACAGAUAUAAUAUAGACAAUAAGUAUGUUCUCUAUUGUUUGAGAAAAUAGCUUGGAAUAAGGUAGUAAAAGAUGAAACCAAAAACCUUGUCACAUUUAGGCCUUAUUUAACUGGUGAAUGGUUUCUAUGCACAAAUAUUAAACCAAACAUAUGGUUGGACUGUUAGUCCCUUCCACAUCUUAUCCUUGAUUUGUUUCUACGUUUAUUUGUAAAAAUUGUCUUAAUUGUCAAAACAUGCUAAGACAUCCAGGAUUAUUAAUUUAAAAUAUUAUAAUGAUAUUCUAAGGUAACUAUUUUUAUCCUGUGGUCUAUGAUUAUGUGAACUGUAAAUAAGAAGCCUAAUCCAUUUUUCAUUCCUGCCUUUCUACGUUAAUUUAAUCUCAUUUGUUUUGUCAAUCUGCCUAGAUUCAAAUCCAGCCCUGUCACCUUUAGUAGGUGACCAUGGAUAAACUCUUUGUGCCUCAGUUUGCUCCUCUGAACAUGGGGAUGAUGAUGAUGACGAUGUGCUGAUAAUAAAACCUACCUCACUAGUUUGUUGUGUGCAUCAAAUGAGGUAACACAAGUAAAAUGCUUAGAAUCAUUCCAAGCACAAAGUAAACAAAAUACUAACUAGAAGUAGUAAUUCCUGAAUCUAGUUUUAAUAACAUAAUAGGCAGGCAUUUGUUUUAUUAUCUCUUUUAAGUUAUUAACUUCUUCCUCUUGUUGUCUUAUGUCAAUAUUACUAAAGUAAGGUAAUUUUUUCAAAUGCAUUUUUAAAAUAAGAUAAUUUGAUUAUUUUUAAGUUACUCAUGUUCCCUAAUCUAGAGAACAUAGAUGAAAGGGAUGCAUCAUUUAGUAAUGAACCUUAUUUUAUUGUCAGAAAUGCUCAUUUGUGUCAUAAAAUUUAUUUUGUAUCACUCAACAAUUUAUGCCCAGAAAUAAAAUGUAUUUUACAAGAAAUAUAAUCUCAGUUAUGUUCCAUGAGGUAUUUAUAUACAUGCAAGGAUUAUAGUGAUUCAGCUUACUGAUGUGCUUCUGAUAAGGUACUGAGUACUUUAUAGGAAAAUAAACUUAUCUUAGAACAUUUUAGCUUUAGGUCAUAAUUAUUUUCUUUCCUAGCCUUGUUUUUUCUGACAUGGCAUGAAAAAAUGACCAUGUGGGACAUGCGGGUUCAGCAAACCCCUUCUUGAAGGUCAUAUUUAUCUAUGCCAAUGAUGGCAACCUAUUCAAGUUUUCAGUGAUAGCAAACAGCGCCCCGUGGCACGGGUGCCAUAGGCUCAUCAUCACUGAUUUAUACAGUGACCAUAUCCUACAUGCCGACAAGUGCAUCACUGUUAAAAUGAGCUCAUCCUCUGCUUCUACCACCAGAUUCUGCCCGCCAAACCAGCUUCUUCCCCAUCUCUGCACCACCGUCCAUUCAGCUGUCCUCUGCUCCCCUAAACGACUCCCUCUUCUCAUCUUCAUUCAGUUAUCAGUUCUGUUUCUCUCUUAUUUAUCCCCUGUUUCAUAAAUUAGGCCCCAGACUACUAGAGCUUUUUUCCUUGUGUUCUCCCAAUCUGUCCUCUAUGCUUCUGAGACCUUGUCACAGUAGAAUUAAUCAUUACUUCCUAAACUGGACAUUGGCAUAUAUAGAUUUCAGUCACUUAGUGUCAUAACUUAGAUUUUUAAGUCUGCCACUGGAUAUUGGAAAAAUGACCUUCUAGUGGAAAAACUCAUUUUUAAAAGUAUUUCUUUGAAAUGAACUAAAGUCUACUUGGUCAGUCAAAAACUCCACAUUUCAGUGAUUUAUAGUCAUGAUUGCUAUUACAUUGUAGUUCCCAUUUGUUUCAUGAGCAGAAUUGUGCUUCCCCUCUCCCCUGAGAAUCAUACUCAGCACUUUUCACUUAGCAAGCAGGCACUGUGCAUCUAAGCUAUAUCCCCAGCACUGUCAUUGUGCUCUUUGCCCUGUUCUGCUAAUCAUGGUUUAAUUUAAGGCUUAAUUUAAAAAAAAAAUUGUAGGUAGAUGUAUGGACCUAUAAACUGCAUCCCAUGCAUGGGAUGCUGAGCUAGGAAGAUCACAAAUUCAAAAGGCCUGACCAAUUUAAUGAGAUUUGUUUCAAAAUACAAAAAAGACUGGAGAUGUAACUCAGUGCAAAGGCCCUAGGUUCAGUCCCCCAUACUGAAAAAAUCUAAAUUACACUAAUUCAUUGAAAUCUGUAUAUCAAAACUUCACAUUCUACUAGCUUAGUAGUAGCAUGCUUGUCUAGCAUGUCUGAGGAUCUGGUUUGAUCCCCAGCACUGCAAAAGUGACAACUAAAUAACAGACUUUUCUCUUAAUAUCUUUCAUUCCCAAGUAAAAUGGUUUUUCGAUAUUUGUUAACAGUAGAAAAAGGGAAUGGCAGAGAUCUGCUCAUACUUGAACUAACGUAUAUGACAAGCUGGUAGACAGGUAAUAUAUCUGUUAAGAAUAUGUCUUCGGACCAGGGAUUUAGCUCAGUGCUAUAAGUGCCUUCCUGGCAAGCACAAGGUUGUGAGUUCCAUUCCCAGUACAAAAAAAAAAAGGUGUGCUCAGGCUGGGUGUGGUGAUGUGCACCAGAAUUCCAGUACUCAGGAGGCUGAGGCAGAAUUACCAUGAGUUCAAGGCCAGUAUGCUACAGAGUGAGAUUCUGUUUCAGCAAACCAAAGGACUGAAUUAAGUCUUCAUUCCUUUGGUUGAACUUCAAGUGCUUGGCCAAGGAGUUAUUUCCUGAUUCCAAUUGAAAGCUUUACAAGCUCUCUUCAAGCCUUUACCUGAAUUUUAAAUUUUUUAUUUAUUUUUAUUUUUUGUUUUUUGGUAUUGAGGAUUGAACUAACAAUUUUGUGCUUGCCAUGCAGGCACUUAAUAGCGCUGAGCUAAAUUCCCAGUUACCCUUAUUUGAAUUACUAACAAUUGAAUUUCAUUUUUUUCUCCCAUAUUGUUGGCCAAAAGACCAAAGUUUUAUAGAAAAAGCAAGGUAGAAAUCAAAGGAAUUAAUAAGACAGAGGUCAAUUAUAUAUGCACUCCUCUAAACCCCCCCCAAAGAAAGAUUUAAUCUGUGUUAUAUACACAUACCUGCUCUUCUCCGGGACUCCUGUAUGUAUAUGUGCAUAAACUGAAGGCCAAAUAAUUCCUGUUCCUCCUCUUCAUCUGUACUUUCACUGAGCGGAAUUGUUACUUCUAAUUCCAGUGGGUUGUCUCUAAAGUUGACAAACCUAGCAGUGCACACACAAACACAACAAAAAGCAAUUUUAUAGUAUGUGUUUCCCUGGAAAGGUUAAAUGGUAAUAUAGUAAAUUGCUGGGUUUUUAAAAACUAGUUCCAGUAACUGAACAUUUUGGUGAAGUGUGAUAUAUCCCAAGAAUCUGUUUCUUUCCUAGAAGAAAAAUAUAUUAGCUAUAGACAACUUUCAAAGAUUAUAAACAUAGCAACUAUUAGUUCAUAGUAUACAUUUGACAGUUGAUGGUUUAACUUAAGAGCAAUUUUAAUACAUCUUAAAUACACAAUGCUAUGAAUUUAGUUACCUGUGUAUGCCUUAUUUAUCCUUGUGCCUUCAUCAUUCAGUAUAGCAUUAACAGUUGCUGAUUAAAUAAAGGCCAAGAAAAAAUGCUGCGUAAAUGUAUGAAUGAAGAAUUUGUUCUGGGAGCUUUGAUAUCUAGUCUCUUAUUCUCACUGUCAACAAAUUAGAUCUUGGAAAAGAAACCCUUAAUGAAGUCCUGACAUUAAGUAGUAAAAAAUUAUACCAUCAGUUGCGUAACAGCCUGUGUCCAUUUGUAGUUACUUUGGAGGUAAAUAAUUGUAUUUAUCCUUUUGGUUUUAUUUUGUUAAUAAAAGUAUUUUAGAAGUAUAAAGAGAAUUUUCAUGAAAAAGUUACAAAUGUAAGAUAUUUCUUAAAGCUAAUAAAUCUCAGUAUUGUCUUAGUUUCCAAUUUCUUAAAUAGUUGAGAACAGAUCAUAUGAAUACUGUUUAUCAAGUUAUACAAUUUCUGCUGGGCAUGGUGGUGCAUGCCUAUAAUCCCAGCAUUCUGGCAGGAGGAGGCAGAGAGAAAGUACAAACCCAGACUGAUCAACUUGGCAAGAUCUGUCUCAGAAGAAAAAGUUGAUGAGAAAGGUAGAGAUGUAGCCUUGGGUUCCAUCCCUAGCACUGAAAAAAUUUGUGUGUGUGUGUAGAAUCCAAUACUAAAAAUGGUUUUAAAGUAUAUAUUCAUAAUAUAUAUACAUUCAUAGAAAUAAAUCAAAUUUGUUAGUAACAAUUUUUCCACAUUUCCUUGUUCUGUGGCCAGAAAUCAGUAGGUUGGUUUUAUGUCUACAGAUUUUUACCUCAGAUUUGCCAUUUGCUCCAUGUACACUGGAAUAUCUUUCAGUUUAUUGUUGCUCAGAACAAGAGUACCCAGAUUUUUCAUAUUGCUGAUUGUUUGUGGUAAGCAUGUUAUUUCAUUCCGUUGUAGCCAUAAUGUAUGCAGACUCUGCAUUCUGAAGAAUUAGAGGUUUAUGCAGUUAAAAAUAAAUACAUGAAAAAAUGCUCAACAUCACUGAUCAUUUGAGAGAUGCAAAUUAAAACGACACUGAGAUUCUAUUUCACCUCAGAAUGGCUGUCAUCAAGAAUCAACCAAUAACAAAUGCUGGAUGAGCUGUGGUGAAAAAAGCAACCCUUCUCCCCACUGUUGGUGGGAAUGUAGACUGGUGCAGAUAGAAAUCAGUGUGGAGAUACCUAAAAAGCUUGGAUUGGAGGUUCCAUGACACCCAAGCUAUUUCCCUUCUGGAUAUCUUCCCAGAAGAAUUAAAAAUAUCAUACCACAGCAAAAUAUAUACACCCAUGUUUAUAGCAGUACAAUUCAUAGUAGCUAAAUCUUGGAAACAAUCCAAAUGCCUAUCAACUGAGGAAUAGAUUAAAAAGAUGUGGCAUUUCUAUACAAUGGAGUACUACUCAGCCAUAAAGAAAGAUUGACAAGACUUUGAAAGGUAAAUGGAUGCAAUUUGAUACCGUACUCAUUAGUGAAAUGAAUCAGAAUCACAUGUGUGAACAUUAUAUUGUCUCCCUUGUGUGGGAAACUGAAAGUAAGUUCUAAAAUGUACAGUAGAUAUUGUGAAAUGAGAAGAAAUUGUUCAAAAGGAAAAAGGAAGUAGGAUAGGUAAAAGGGAAAAGAACAGUGAAAAAGCAAAAAACUCAAGUCAGUUAUACUAUCAGUGUGUCUUAAGUCAUUGAAAAGGUUUGUGCUAAUAUUGAUUGGAGAAGGUUUUAUGCCCAUAUGUUGUACCCUAAAUAAUUAAAGAUUACUUGUAAUGUA